AACUAACAAGGCCAGCCAGCAAAGAGACAACGCCAAAACAGGAAACUCCAGAGCUACAAACCACUCAACCCGGGGAAUUGAAACCGAGUUCUCUCCAAAAAUGGCUGCUCCCGUCAUGACCGUCGGCGAGACCAAAGAGCUGCGAGGCCUGAACCUCAUCGCGGCGCAUUCGCAUAUCAGAGGCCUAGGCGUAGAUGCCGACACGUUAGAACCUCGCUCGGCGUCGCAAGGCCUCGUCGGCCAGGAGAAGGCGCGAAAGGCGGCGGCUGUUAUAUUAGAGAUGAUCAAGGUAGGGAAGAUUGCCGGAAGGGCGGUUCUCAUUGCCGGUCCUCCAAGCACGGGUAAGACAGCCAUCGCAAUGGGCAUGGCGCAAUCGCUCGGCCCGGACGUACCCUUCACAUCGCUCGCCUCGUCCGAGAUCUUCUCCCUCGAGAUGUCCAAGACAGAAGCCCUAACCCAAGCCUUCCGCAAGUCGAUCGGCGUGCGCAUCAAGGAAGAAUCCGAGAUCAUGGAGGGCGAAGUCGUCGAGAUCCAAAUCGACCGCAGCGUGACGGGCGGCGCCAAGCAGGGCAAGCUCACCAUCAAGACGACCGACAUGGAGGCCGUCUACGACAUGGGCGCCAAGAUGAUCGACGCCAUGACCAAGGAGCGCGUCAUGGCCGGCGAUAUCAUCUCCAUCGACAAGGGCUCCGGCAAGAUCACCAAGCUAGGCCGCAGCUACGCCCGCAGUCGUGAUUACGACGCCAUGGGCGCCGACACAAAGUUCCUGCAGUGCCCGGACGGCGAGCUGCAGAAGCGCAAGGAAGUCGUGCACACCGUCACCCUGCACGAGAUCGACGUAAUCAACUCGCGCACCCAGGGCUUCCUGGCCCUCUUCAGCGGCGACACGGGCGAGAUCCGCAGCGAGAUCCGCGAUCAGAUCGACACCAAGGUUGGCGAGUGGAAGGAAGAAGGCAAAGCCGAGAUUGUGCCUGGCGUGCUCUUCAUCGACGAGGUACACAUGCUCGACAUCGAGUGCUUCAGCUACAUCAACCGCGCGCUCGAGGUUGAUCUCGCCCCCAUCGUCAUCAUGGCUAGUAACCGCGGACACUCCAAGAUCCGCGGUACAGAUUACCGCAGCCCCCACGGCCUACCUCUCGAUUUCCUCGACCGUGUAGUCAUCAUCCAGACGCAGACCUACUCGCCCGACGAGAUCCGCCAGAUCCUAAGCCUCCGCGCCACCGAGGAGGAGGUAGAUGUAUCAGCCGAUGCCCUAGCCUUACUAACGAAGAUCGGCCAGGAAGCCGGGCUCCGGUACGCCAGCAAUCUAAUCACAACCUCUCAACUCGUCUGCGCCAAGCGCAGGGCCAAGCAAGUAUCCGUCGAAGACGUCCAGCGCAGCUUCAAGCUCUUUUACGAUCCCGCCCGCAGCGUCGGAUUCGUAAACCAGUCUGAGAAGCGGUUGAUCGGCGAAACCGGUGCCGUCGACUUGACAGUGGCCAAUGGGCAAGCCGGCGAUGACGCUAUGGAGAUCAGCUGAGCGUAAUUUGGGUGUUUUGUUUCUUCCCCUUUUCAGUGGCGUUACAUGGGAUACCAAAAACUGGUAGCUUAGGCGAGAACAAGAGAGAUAGGCCAAGCAAGCUAUUACUAUUAUUUACCUACUACUACCGGAUGAGUAAUUUACGAUAUAAGAGUGUAGGUAUCAUAGGUACAUCGGCGUAAGCGGAUUGCAAUAUUGAGACUUUUCGAGGUUACUAUUACUACGAAAUACUUUCGUAUUAAUUCGAAUUGAUCAAUUGUCAAUGUGAAUGGAAGAAGUAAUUACAUGGUGCCACUACAGGGUAUGAUUUUACAUUCUCGUCAUGCAGUGCAACCAAUUUCACAGCCACGAUAUGGCGAG